AAAUCCACUGCGUAGCAAGCUAUUCCCCUUGAGAUUUGCUAGAUAAUCAUCCAACAGCGACACCGAGUUUCUCGAAAUUUUCGAACAAGAUGGGUGACAGCCAACAUGGUCUCAAUGCAGCACAACUCGCAAUCUACAUCAUCCUCGCCAUUCCAGUCCUCUAUAUCCUCAUCCGCCACCGCCUACCAGGUCUCCUAGGCUGGCUCUACCUCUUCAUAUUCUGCACUCUCCGUAUCUUAGGCGGUGCUCUAGCACUGCACAACGGAUCCGCAGACAAGACAGCUGCAAUCAUCUCCAGCAUCGGAUUAUCACCUCUCCUUCUUGCUGUCUCUGGAAUUCUGCAUGAGGCUCGCCAUUACAGAAACCCUUCCCUCAACAAGAAAAUCGAAUUCAUCCUCAUCCUCCUCUUCCACAUCGCAGUAACCACAGGACUCGCACUCCUAGCAUCCGGCUCCUCUGCCUUUGGUGCAAACAGCUCGAGCGCGAACAAGAGCGACGAGAACCUGCUGAAAGUAGGCGUUGUCAUAUUAAUGUUUACAUGGGUCAUACUUUGUGCAUGGACGAUCUUCACUUUUCUUCCUCAUCAAGCGAGGAAAGAUGCUCCCGCAUACCCCUCUGGAACGAAGCUGUUGUACGCAAUCGGCUUCUCGCUUCCGUUCGUGGGUAUGAGAGUCAUGUACAGCUUGGUUUCCAUCCUUGCUCCUUCGAAGAGUUUGAGUCCAGUGAGCGCCGCGUUGGGGUUGAAGCUGGCAUUAAGCUUUAUUCCUGAACUGAUCGCGGUGAUUACCUUUGUGGUUGUGGGGAUACUUACAAGGAAUGUGUGGAUGGAGUAUGCGAGGGGAGAUGGUGUAAGUGCAGUUAGGAUGGAGAGUGGAAGCAGUUGGACCGGGAAUAAAAGAGGUGAGAGGCUGGUUCAAGGCGCUGGUCAUGUUUAAAAUGGGCCUGGACAUAGAGGGAGUUUGGCGCAAGGCAAUUAUGUCGUGGCAUUUACCUGAAAUUUGAAAGCAGCAAGCGAUGGGAGAGUGACUUCAUUUGUGAACCCGAGGGGCUUUGUAGAUAGAGCUGUGUACGAUGUUACGUUGGAAUUCCAUAGAAGCAUUGGUUCAUACAUUUGUAUAUUAGAUUAAUCAACAUCUGGAACGGGCAAAUGGUUCAGAAGCUUGAUCUUUCGUCCUAAAGCUUUCAGAGCUUUCAAGGCAUUUUCAUCUCUUAGUCUUUCCGUCUCUUUCUCAUCAACAAGCACAAAGUCGUGCUUCAAAAAUUUGGUUCCUUCCUUGACUCCAUACUUCUUCGCUAUUUCAGCAUCUGCGCUUGUAAAGUCGACGAUCAGGGAUUGUUUUACGCCGAAGACUGCGUCUGAGGUUUCGUAGGGAUCGUUGCGGAUAUACAGUGCACUUUAGAAGAUAGUUAGAAUAUUAUCAC